UGUUGCUGUUGCAAACAGCAACCCCAGACAUUGUCUUAGCCGAUGUGAUGUGACGCUUUCCAAUUUUAGUUGCGCAAGUUUCUCUAUAUAUAUGAUGUACUACACAAAAACUGGCAAUUACAUUUUGGGUAAUGCGUCUUUAAUACCAUCAUCGUAAACUGGUUUAAAGUGGAGCUUAGCCAAUUCUGUCUGAUUGGGUUGGGUAUAUAAGAUGGGUGCAAAACUGGAGAUCGUUAGUAGUCCUUGUGGAUGACAUGGUAUCAUAAACUUUCGACGCAUAAGAACUGCGUGUAUAGCAGCUAUGAAUAAGUAUAAAGUAAUUGAAAAAAAAUGCCCUGGUUGUGAAAUUCAUAAACUCAAAUAUUCAACUACUCGCAUCCCUGUCAAGCAUUUGAUCUUUGUCUGGGUUGUUACUCUCUCAGCAGCCUUACCGAUAUCCUCCCUGUUUACUUUUGUGUAUUUUAUGAUGUUCUAUUUAUGGUGUUUCCAAAUUCCGCAUACUGCAGAUAAGGGACUUUCAGAUUGCAGAAAGAGAGGAGGACAUUGGUUACUAUGCUGGAUUUCUAAGCAAGUUUAUAAGAAAUAUCUACUUAAAUUACGCAUCCAUUCUAUAUUGUUGUUGCUUUUAACAUUUGUUAUCCUAUUAGGUUCCUCAUUUAUGUUUGGGAGAGCUCUGACAUCUGUGCUUUGGGGAAUUUUGGCUGAUCGUUAUGGUCGAAAGCCUGUGAUUAUAUUUGGCACAAUUUCAGUGGUUAUUUUCAAUACUCUCUUUGGCCUUAGUACAAGCUUCUGGAUGGCAGUUUCUACGAGGUUUCUUCUAGGAAGUUUGUGCGGAAUACUUGGCCCUAUGAGGGCAUAUGCUACAGAAGUUUGUCGUAGAGAACAUCAAUCUUUGGGAUUGUCAGUCAUUAGCACAUCAUGGGGGGUAGGGCUGGUCAUUGGACCGGCUAUUGGAGGCUAUUUUGCACAGCCAGCAGAAAAUUAUCCCAACAUAUUUUCUGAAAAAUCUAUCUUUGGAAGGUUUCCGUACUUUCUGCCUUGCCUUUUGAUAUCACUCUUUGCUUUCCUUGUAUCCAUCAUCUCAUUUUGGCUCCCGGAAACACUGCACAUUCAUCAUGGAAAUAAAAAUGAACAAUGUGAUGCAGCUGAUGCAUUGGAGAAUUCAAUGUAUAAGUAUCGUGUAGACGGAGUAAGUCGUCAUGGAAAUAAAAAUGAACAAUGUGAUGCAGCUGAUGCAUCGGAGAAUUCAAUGUAUAAGUCUCGUGUAGACGGAGUAAUUCGUUCCAAAGAGAGGCUUCCAAGUUCUAAACUGAGCCUUUUGAGAAACUGGCCCCUGAUGUCUGCCAUAACUGUGUAUUGUGUUUUCCAGCUCCAUGAUACAGCCUAUGCUGAGGCAUUCACAUUGUGGGCUGACAGCCCUAGGAAGUAUGGAGGACUGCACUAUAAAAUUCCAGAAGUUGGUGAAGUCCUCGCCAUUUCAGGAUUUGGUCUGUUAAUUCUUCAGAUGUUUCUUUAUCCUGUACUGGAGCGAACUUUUGGUGCCAUCUUGGUUUCUCGUAUUGGAGCUGUUGCAACCAUACCGCUUCUAACAUGUUACCCAUAUAUAGCUAAGUUGUCCGGGAACUUGCUUUUUGCUGUGCUCAGUUGUGCAUCUAUCUUGAUGAAUGUCUUGAUGGUAUCAGUAUCGACAGGAUUGUAUCUUUUGCAAAACAGGGCUGUGUCCAGUGACCAACGAGGAGCUGCCAAUGGGAUUUCUAUGUCAGCCUUGUCUCUUUUUAAAGCAUUUGGUCCAGCUUGUGGGGGGUCAUUCUUUUCUUGGGCACAGACGCGGCAGAACCCUACUUUUCUUCCAGGCGAUCAAAUAGUAUUUUCCAUUCUGAACUCGAUUGAAUUCAUUGGGCUUGCUAUGACCUUCAAACCUUUCCUUGUGUUACCAAAUGACGAUAGUCAGUAAUACAAUUUGUGCCUUGCUAUAGUACUCGCUUCCUUGUUCGAAACUCAGAGUUUCUGUAUGCCAUGAGAUUGAUUCAGUGCGAGAAUUGCAUUCAAGUAAAGAGUGGAUUGGAUGUAGAAUUACUGAAGAUCUUCAGAGGUGGCGAAAUGAUUUAGAAAAUGUGUAUCAAAUGUGUAAUCGGUAUCUUACUUGAGGCAACUAAAUAAUGUCUUUAAAAACCUGGUUACAACGUUAGUUCAGGUUACGUGAAAUUGUUAUUUAUAAAAUGAUAUGAAGCAGGUCAAUUAUAUCGAUUAAAUUAUUUGAAUUUACUAUUUUAUAUUUGAUUUUUCUAUGA